UAUUUGUUUAAGAUCGUCGUGAUUGGGGAUUCUGGAGUGGGGAAAUCAAACAUUUUAUCCAGGUUCACGAGAAAUGAGUUCUGUUUGGAGUCCAAAUCCACUAUUGGCGUUGAGUUUGCCACCAGAACUCUUCAGAUUCAGUCAUUAUUUCAAGGUAUGCACAAGGUACAAUUGCAUAUAUGUAGCUGGACCUUUGUAUGGACAUGCUUGUUAUGAGUGAGGAAAUUUUGGUAACUGUGGUUUUACAUCUGAAGCAUCUUGGUUAUGGAUUGAUCAGUCCCUGUGAGAAAAGUAGUACAAUACUCUUAUUUUCUUCUCUAGUAAAAAGAAGAUUUUACACCAUGAAGAACUAAAUUUUGUAUGCCCUGUGGAACAAUGAGGAAAAUUGCUUUUGCCAUCUGCAAGGUGGAGGGGAAAACAGUGAAGGCCCAGAUAUGGGACACUGCAGGGCAAGAAAGGUACCGAGCCAUUACCAGUGCUUAUUAUCGAGGAGCAGUUGGUGCCCUCCUUGUCUAUGACAUAACUAAGAGGCAAACUUUUGACAAUGUUCUGAGGUGGCUACGGGAAUUGAGAGACCACGCAGACUCUAAUAUUGUAAUCAUAAUGGCUGGAAACAAGUCUGACCUUAGGCAUCUUAGAGCAGUCUCUGAGCAGGAUGGUCAAGCUUUAGCUGAGAAGGAAGGGCUGUCAUUUCUUGAGACGUCAGCAUUGGAAGCUUUUAAUGUUGAUAAGGCGUUUCAUACUAUAUUGACAGAUAUAUACCAGAUCAUUAGCAAGAAGGCAUUGGCAGCACAGGAAGCAGAUAGCACUGCACUUCCUGGUCAGGGUACAACCAUCAAUGUCAGUGAUACCUCCGCAAAUGUGAAGAGAGGCUGCUGUUCCACUUGAGUUUAUGUUUCAAAAAGGAAAUAGCAUUUAUAGCAAGGCAUAAACUUUUAAUUUUCCCUUGUUUCUUUUCUUUUCUUCUAUUUCCUUCAUUCAGGGCAAGAGAGGCUAGUAGAUUACAUUCUUGAUUGAUAAAGAGCAGAGCUUGUUUCAUGUUAAUAUUGCCUAGUGGUGUAGGACUAUCUAUACUUCAUAUGAUACACAGUUUACCCAUUUACUUAAGAAAAUUGUGGAUACUGGUGAUGUUGGCAAGAUCAAAUUAACUCUACUUGGUGGUACACACGAGUUGUAAAUUCAAUCGGAGUAUGUUUCCUCGUGUUUCUGUUAAUAAAGUUAUGUCUGCUGUUUCUGUGA